ACGGCGGAAAUGGUUGGCGAUCUGACAGAAGCACAGCGACAAUGGACGCUGCACUGUCUUAAGACACAAAGAGACACACUACAGUCUCAUCUCUGUAACGCGAGUGAGAUUUACUAAUGCCUUGAACAUGGGGAAGGUUUGUCGAACAGCAGCGAUAGCUUUAUACCUUUGGAGUCUCUUUAUGCAGCUCAGUCGUCUGUCAGCUCUUGGGGUCAAUGAACUGCUGUAUUUCCGGGUCAUCAGUCCAGAGGAGAUAGGCUACCUCUUCAGUGCUGCACCUGCUAAAGACUUUGGAGGCACUUUCACAUCAUUUUACGAUGAGAUUUUUCUCGUGCCAGCAGACCCUGCAGAUGGAUGCUCAGAGUUGACGGACAGAGAGAUCCUUCAAGGACAAGUGAUCCUGGUGGAAAGGGGAGGUUGCUCCUUUGUACAAAAAGCCCGAAAUGUAGAGGAAGCAGGAGGAAAAGCAGUCCUUAUUGCUGAUAACGCAGAGGACAACGACAGUCAGUACCUUGACAUGGUCACUGAUGGAAGCACUGCCAAACCAAGCAUACCUGCUCUUUUCUUGUUAGGACGGGAUGGGAUGAUGAUCAGAAGAUCUCUUCAGAGACAAGCACUGCCUUGGGCUGUCAUUUCAAUUCCUGUCAAUGUUUCUGCUUUGGCCUCGUUUCCAUUCAAGCAGCCUCCUUGGACACUUUGGUAGAAAUGACUCACUCACAAAUUCAUCUAAUAAACAUUUUCUGUCAUUGGUGCACAACAUGUAAAUUGCAACUAAAUCUGAAGCCUCACAAGGACAUUUCUGAUUAUGGUUGGCACGUGCACCUGCGCUAAGUCACUAAGUCUAACAUAUAGAAUGAUUGCACUCAGAGCCUGUAGAGUAUGGGAGAAACUUGUUUAGCCACUGAACCUGGAACAAAUCAUCAAAUAAAAAACGAAACCUGCAUGCUCAUUCUCAGUGCUUAGCUAAACUUGUGUGUCCAGGAAAACAGUCUCCAGGAACAUGUGAUCAGAUGCUUUGUAUGUCAUUUUGGUUACGAAACUGAAAAAAUGUUGAGAAACAGAAAUUACCUUCCUUCUGUUUUAUCAAAUAGUCGAAACUGCAGGGGGGAAAAACCAGGCCAUGACAUUCCUGUUUAUGUGCAUCAGCUUGUAACAGUGUGGUUCUCUUGUGUGAAUGGAAAAAGAUUUUUCUCAUUAUGGAUAAGUAGAAACUUCAAUUUAAAAAAGAAAAAUUGACUUGUUUGAUAUUUUAGUGCCUUUUGUCUGUGCGUUUUAGUUAGUUCACUGACACAUUUGUUUGUAGUUUUGGUAAACAGGACUGAUGAAAAUUAAAAGCAUGAGAUGCCACGAAUGGCCUUGCUGAAAAUAAUAAUUGACAUUGUGAUGAUAUUGCAAAGACAUGUUAAUCUGCACAAAGUUAACUGGAAGGCAGCUAUUGUAAAACUCUAAAGAGAACUUUAACUGCUCUGGAAACACCAUGUCAGAGUUCACCCUAGUGAAAAUAUUUGCCACUACAUUAUCCUGUAUUUUAUUUUUAAGAAUGUCCUGAUUUGAAUAGUCUUUGUAAAUAAAGUUGUAUGUUUAAGGUUGUAAA